GAUUGGUCUUUAAGAUACCAAUGUGACCUUGAACUAACAACAUACAUGUGUAUAUAAAUUGUGACAGCUUAAUAUAUUAUUUCCGCUGCAUUUGGAUAAAUAUAACGAUGAAAAUUGACCUUCAUACGCAUAUUUUACCCAAGGAAUGGCCUGAUCUGCGACAGAGAUAUGGUUAUGGUGAUUGGGUCCAGCUGGAUCACAGCUGUGAAGGUCGAUGUGCCAACAUGAUGAAGGGGGACAAGUUCUUCCGGAAGGUUGAACCUAACUGCUGGUCGUUAGAAGAUCGAAUCUCCGAGAUGGACGCCACAAAUGUAGAUGUUCAAGUGUUGUCGACAGUUCCAGUUAUGUUUAGUUACUCUGCGAAGCCGGAAGACACCCUGGACCUAUGUGAGAUAUUAAAUAACGACCUAGCAGAGUCGGUAAAGAAAUAUCCGGACAGAUUCGUCGGGCUAGGAACUUUACCCAUGCAGGCACCGGAACUUGCAGUGAAAGAACUAAUCAGGUGUAAAAAGGAGCUAGGUUUUAAUGGCGUACAGAUAGGUUCCCAUGUGAACGACUGGAAUCUGGACGCACAAGAAUUGAGACCAAUCUUUGCGGCAGCAGAGGAGCACGGUGUAUCUAUAUUUGUACACCCCUGGGAUAUGGAAAUGGGCGGAAGAAUGUCCAAAUACUGGCUACCAUGGCUUGUAGGUAUGCCCUCGGAGACGAGUGCGGCCAUUUGUUGUAUGACAAUGGGUGGUGUUUUUGAGCAGUUUCCGAAACUGAAAGUUUGUUUUGCACAUGGAGGUGGCGCUUUUCCAUUUACGGUCGGCCGGGUAGAGCACGGGUAUAACGUGCGACCUGAUUUAUGUGCUACUGAGUGCAAGAAAAGCCCGAGACAGUUUCUUGGUAAAUUUUACACCGACGCCUUAGUUCAUGACCCGAAAGCUCUUCAGCUAUUGGUUGAUGUUAUAGGACAGGACCGAGUGAUAUGUGGGUCGGAUUAUCCAUUUCCGUUAGGGGAACAUCAUCCGGGGAAACUUAUUCAAGAAUCUGACUUUCCGGAGGAAAUCAAGGCCAAGCUUCUUGUUGAUAAUGCUUGUGAAUUUCUUGGACUGGAUAAAUCAAAAUUCAAAAGAAAAAGUUGAACAUUCCACUGACCAAAAUUGUGUGUGCUUUAAUAAAUUGUCUUUCAUAUAUUAUGGUGAUAGUCAGUUAUCUUGCCAGUGUUUUUAUAUAUAAAUAUGUUCGUUGUAUACUAUGUUGGUAUGGUGCUUAUCUUUUUGUAAAUACAGACAAAUUGUGUUAAAGACCACCUCUGAAUAAGAAUAAUCCUGCAAAAAAAAACUGUAAAUAUAGGCCACUUUUCGAUAACCCUUCAUUUAUAUAUUUGAUUACCCCUUCAUUUAUAUAUUUGAUAACCCUUAAUUCAUUUAUAAAAUGGAGUAAAGUAACCUCCAAAUAAAUAUCACUUGUCUGUAAAGACUAUUAUUUUUAUCUCCCUAGGUGGCCUUAUUUCACAGGUUUUACUGUAUAUGAAGGGUGCUAGUCUGCUCAAUCACUCAAACAUUUU